UCUGUGGCUUCCACAGGACUGUAAUAAGCCUGUCUCCCUACCGGCGUGUCUCUCUGCCUGUGCACUCAUUGCGCAUCACCGGAUUCGUCCACAAGCUGCUAGCUUGACAGCUGUGAGUACUGACAAUAGCCAUGGUCAUUGUUUACGAACAUAAUGAUCAUUUGGAGGGGGAGUGUCUUUGGAGGCAGGCCUGAAGGGCCGGGCUGUCAGUGUUUUUUUUUGCUAGGUUUAGGGACUUUUGGAGCUUUUGGACUCUUAUAGUCCCUGCGAAGUGGAUUUGUUGCCUGAAAGACAAAUCAACCCUCAGACUUUUCUUACUCGGACCGCCAUCUCCACCAUACGUGGAAUUAUUCUGCUUUCCCCGUUUGGGAAAUAGGAUCCAAGUCAACAGAGAAGCUGCGAUAACUGAAAUGCAGUUUAUUUUCCUAGCUAUGCAUCUGCAAAUUACCCUUGUGCCUCUUACACUUUAUACUGUAUGUGCUUGAUGUUUCGCCCACCGUUGCGUUCACUCCCGAUCUCAACACCAGGCUCUUUUUCUAUUUCUCCCCUUCAGCCCUCCUCCCCGCUCACUCUAGCCCUCUACAUUUCCUGGUGACUUUAUCAGGCCCAUUUCAAAUGGGAUUGGGACUCAAUUUGCCAUGCUUCACGUCACUUUGCCAGAAAAUUCCUCACUUGAUACAGACCCGUCAUAAAACUGCAGAAUGCGUAAAAUACGAUUUGUCAAAACUUUCCCCCCCUCUUGCUAUUUGUCAUUUCCCAAAUGUUUUUUGUGAGAGAUUCGGCGCGGUGGCAUUGGGCAGAUGGAGGUGUCCAUCAAAAAAAAAGGUACUCGUUGCAUUGGUGUUGAGGCGGGUAGGUGGUUUCACAGCAGCAAGUGACAGCACCUAUUAAUUUGGCCAUUUAAUUUUAAGUCCAACGGCGUCAAGCUCCAGCACCUUCAAUCUCUUCCUGUCAUUCAAAACAAGCCUCUAUAGCCAGUGGCCACACACACACACACACACACACACACACACACAUAUAUAGAAGAAGCGAAAAGGCUUUUAAUGUGAAGCUGAAACCUAGGCUGGCACUGAGAAUGUGAGACUUAUACCCUACCGCAUUUUAAAUUGGUGCUGUGACAUCCCGGCAAUACUUAGGGACAGAUGUACAGGUGUGUAAAACGACUGCAGCUGCAAAUUGGGUUCUCUUGUCAUAAAGUAGAAGUCCAACAGACCCAAGUAUCCCGGGUAAUGGCCAGAUAGAUCCUCACCCUCUGUGAAGCUCGGGAUUGAAGGUGGAGGUUGAUGAUAGUAUUCUCAGUGAGAAACGGACCACAGCAGAGAAAUGUGACACCACGGUAUGAAUUCAUGAGUUCUCGCUCUUUUAUUUAUUUAUUUUUCUCUCUCACCUGAACCUUUGAUCCCACUGUGAACGCCUGCUCCCUUCACAGCUUCAACAGGAGGAUUCCUCUUAUUAUGCGAGGUCAAACUUGCCUUUUACCAAACGUAUAGUUCCCCUCUCUUUUCUAUCUUUUAAGUUUCCCUGGUGGAUUAAUUAACUCAAGUAGUAUGUGUGCAUUUAAAAGGCCAGAGUGUAGGAUUUAGUUGUUUUUUUCCAUUGGUUGCAAUCUGCAACAUCACCACUAGAUGGCAUCAAAUCUUACACACCGUCCCUGUAAUGAGAGAGGCGACACCAUAUGACUUCCCUUAUUUAUUUUUUUAUUUAUUUUAAGGAGCAGUUCACCCAAGCACCCACAGUCUGGGUUUCAUUUGUCCAGACUGCACCCAUCCACCACAGUCCUGUCCGCCCUGAGAGGGCAUCUAACUAUUAAUAUUAUAUUAAUUGUUCCGAGGGUUUAGUAUAAUAAAUGCCCAUGUGUCUGUGAAUGACAGCAGCCAAACCCUUGAAAAGUAGCGAUGCAAUAUUCUUGUCCUGUGCAUCCUAACAUUGUUGUACCAGACCCGCAUAACUUGAUUUCAUUUUAAAAUGCCAGUCGAGUAUAAUUAGGACGUCAUGAAUAUCGCCACUUACUGGAAUAGUGCAAACAUAAGAAACAUGGAUUCUUGGUUUGGAAUAUUUCACUCAGUGUAAACAUAAUAAUAAUUCAAAGAGUUGGAACAGACAGAUAAACGGUGUGGAAUAAGAUGACUUAAAGCUACUUGUGGUGUAGUUAAAGCAAAUACAGCAUGCUUUCUUUCAACUUGGUUGAAAUGAGCCUUUAAAUCUUGUUCUCCUUAAAUCAUCAGCAUUUUUCUGACGCCGCCGACAUCAAAGAUAUCGAUCCUCUGGUUUAACUCAUGUAACUUAAUGCUUGUCAGGAUGAUUGACCGCCUCCCUUCAGCCACAUUAAUUGCUGUCUGGCUGCCCCAUAACUUCAAAUCUGCCGGCAGUAGCACAACUUCUACUGCAGCCAGUGACCCGACAGCUCCGUCUGCUACCUCUCUGUGGCAGCUUCCUCCGCACCACCUUCAAUUCAUGAUGGAGGAAAGGAUUUAGUGACCGCCGCCUCCGAAGUAGUUCCUGUCCUGGGAGGCACACGGGGCUUGAAGAGUACAGCUCUGGCACAGCGGCGUGACGUGAGAAACCGUCACAACACGUGAACGGAAAGAGAUGCACUUGACUCAUGGCCGUGCGUACAAUUUUAGCAUGACAUUUGCAACACUGAUGUUUUUUGUUCAGCAGCACAGCGAUCUUUUUUUACUCAGAAGUAAAUACACACAAAUGAAGCUGCAUUCAUCCACCAGAUGGCAGCCUUUGUCCACUGCUCCGAAUUGAACUACUGGAUAUCUGAGUGUGUUUGAGUUGUAGUUAUUGUCUCUUACUAUUACUAUUACAUGGCAACACAAUGAGAACUGUGUGCAAACAACAUUCAGCUGGAGAUAUUCUGAAUUCUCUGUUUGUCCUGUUUUGAGAUCAGGUGCUUCUGUAUGAAGUGCAUAGUGGUUGUUGUCAGUAUGCCCACUUCUUCUGCUGCCUUUGUCCUCUGGAGGUCGGCCCCACUCGGCUGAUAUCAGCCCGUCCUUCCCCACAAACGGAAGACUCCGGCAGGGAUUAAACCACACAGCUCUUCCCUCUGCAGCUGCAGGGCUGAGGUGCUCAGGCGUCAGAGAUCCUCAGUCUGCUGCAUUUAACUCUUCAUAGGGAAGCAUAGGGAAGAAUCUUGUCUAGUGCUUCCUAUGACCUCAAUCGAUAUGAUGGGGUAAUCUAAUAAGGUGAUUUAGCAGGAGGGCCCAGACAGACCGCACUGCUGGUCCAGGAAGUGAGUUACCUUUUUAUUUUUUACAUUAUUAACAUCAGUUUGAAGAUGUUCACCCACAUAUUCAGUCCACCUUAAAAUGUACUGCAUCAGUACUCUCAGGAUUUUCUGCAGUUUGACGAAUCUUGCUACCCAGCCUUUUUUCCCCUUCUUCUUAAUCACAUCACUACAGUGCCUGGAAAAUUAAAUUGCAUUUGCCAGAGUCUGAGAUGGAUUUGAUGUGCAGAAACACAUGGCAGUAUUUAUUCCCCCUUUCCCUCAUGAAACCUUUCUUGGAAAUCAAUGUUAAAAUAUUUUGCAGAAGCACGGCAGAGCUGGAGUCUGCGCUAUCUGUAUUUGUGGGUUUGCAGCUGAGUAAUCGCACCAUGCAGCGGUAUAGGGUGUGUUUUAAUCUGUUUAGGAAGUCGGCUUGAUUGAAAGGUAAAUCUGAGCAGAUGUGAGAUGUUUGGCUGUAGGUAGGCUGGGGAUGUAUAGGAGGAGGAUCUUUGCUUUAAGCUUCUCCACAAAGUAGCUGCGUCUGUUCCUGGGACGUGUCUGUUAUUUGUGAUGAGUGAAUGACUUGUUCUACGUUUUUAACUCUGAGAGGCUCAACUCCCAGCAUGCUCAGCUUGUUAGGUACACGGAGGCCAUACAACAUCAAAUCACAUUACAAAUUCUGUUGUGUAUAAAAUGACUCUCCUUCUGAUGGGAUUACAAAUACAUAUGAAUGAUGUGGCAUCAGGCCAUCUGGUGACUCCGUCAGCUGUUUUCUUUAUUUUCUUUCUGUCUUUUGAAUGUGUGAAGUAUUAUCAUUUGCCUUGUAUCUGUAUCUGGACUCUAGUCCGUGCUUUAGCAUCAUGCUUUUAAUGUCUGGAAACUCCAAUGUAACAAUAGUUUGCCGUUACUCAUUUCCACACAAAGAUGAAAUGGUUGAUCAACUAUUUUACUAUUUCUUUAAAUUAUUUUAGUCCUUUUUCCAGCAAAAAUGCUGAACACUCAGCAGUUCAAGCUCCUCAUAUAUGAGGAUUUGAUGCUUUUCUUUGUCAUAUUUGACAGUAAACUUUUUUUUAAAUCUUUGGUCAGAUAAAACAAAUAAUUUGAUGACUUCCUCUUGGGUUCUGCAAUUCUAGAUACAUUUUCAAACAAAACAGACAAUGGGAAGAUUAUUGAUGCUGAAGAUAAGCAUCUGUUGCAACCCUAUUCAUGCUGCGCACCAUAUAGCUCAAAGGUUUAAAAUGAAUGGAAGUUUUAAGGUUGCAGCAACACUUCAUUUGGCUCUUCAUUUUAAUUCAUUUUGACCUAUUUACGCCUGACUGCAUGUAUUAUAUAUUGUCCUUACUGUAAAUCCCCACCAGUAACCUACUGAAUUAGUGGAAUUAGGAAAAGAAAACAGCAAGUUACCUUCAAAUGGAAAACAAAUGAGUAUCACUUGUCAUCUGUCACAUGAAACCUGGAGAGAAAAACAAGAUAUUUGUAUUUCCUACAGUUAAUGGUGCAUAAUACCUCUCCUUUAAAAUGUGCCAUGCCUGUCAGUCAACUUUAUCCUCUUUUUCUUUCUCCACAUGGGGGCACUCUUGUUCUCCGCACCACACAUCUGUCGACCCGAACGGAGGCACUGAUGAGACACUAAUAGAGAUACUUGAGCUCCUCUCUAUCUGCAAACUCAUGAUAAGUUUCGACCGCGAACCUCUGAUAUCUGAUCUGUUAAUGUGGCGUUGCGUCGCUCGCAGCUGUUCGGGCACAUCUGCAGAUCUCUGUGCUCAUUUGUAAUGCAAAGACCUAUUAGUCCCCGGACGUUUAUCAGCGGUCACUUUCUUUCCUGCCACGAGGGAAGGGGAAGAGGGAGUUGGGAUCUCACUGAGGCUGGCUUUCUCCGUUUUACGGGUCCGGAUCCUGACAGCUUUUACCGGUCUCUCCAGUAACCCGCACUCCGUUGUUUUUAUUUUAUUUUUUGCAUCACGUUGUGAAAGUGUGGAAGCCGCGUCGCUGCAGCAUCGGUGAAAGCCGACCAGCGAGCCUGUAAGUACGUGAUCUGAAUCCUGAACACAGCUUGGAGUCUUUGUUUUUCUCCAGCUGAACUAGAGCAUCGUCUAAUCGCACUACCUCAUCCCGUCCUCAUUGACCUCCUCUGACUUGGACUUUUUUUGUUGUUGCAUUUAUUGAGAGACUUUUUUUGUGUGACAAACAGUCAACAUGGCGUCACUGUAUCAGAGAUUAACCGGCAAGAUCGACACAAACAAAUCCUUCCCCAACCCUCCGGAGGAGAGCCAUCUCCUCGGGCAAGGUGUGGACGGGGAGAGGGCGGCGGAGAGCCAGCGACCCCGGCUUCAGUACCGCCAGCAGUGCGAGGACGAGGACGAGCUGGUGGGCAGUAACCCUCCGCAGAGGAACUGGAAGGGAAUAGCGAUCGCCCUCCUUGUCAUUCUGGUCAUCUGCUCGCUGAUCGUCACCUCCGUCAUCCUGUUGACACCAGGUGAAGAUGACCAGCUGGCCCUCAAGAGCAAGGUGACUGUUGCAGACCUCUUCAGAAAAGACUUCAAGGUUCACGACCCUAACGCCAAAUGGAUAAGCAGUAAUGAGCUACUAUACCGUAAUCGUGAAGGCGACGUCGUCAAGUUCAACGUCGACACUGACGAAAAGACCAUCUUGGUGCAUAACAAGAAGUUUGAAAUGUACAAAGCCAGCAAGUACGAGGUGUCUCCUGACAUGAAGCAUGUGCUGCUGGCCUACAACGUUGCACCGGUGUACCAGCACUCCUACACGGCCUUCUACAUCAUCUGCAGUCUGGAUACUCCGGCGACGUGGAACUUGAACCCUCCAGAGGUCAGAAAUGCUCAGCUGCAGUACGCGGGCUGGGGACCCCAAGACCAGCAACUGAUCUUCGUUUUUGAGAACAACAUCUAUUAUCGCUCCAGGGUUGACAACCGCUCCAUUCGUCUGGUGUCGACUGGCAAGGAGGGCGUCAUCUUCAAUGGGCUCAGUGAUUGGCUGUAUGAAGAGGAGAUCUUCCAGUCCCACGUUGCCCAUUGGUGGUCUCCAGAUGGUGCCAGGUUAGCGUACGCCACCAUCAAUGACACCCUGGUGCCCAGAAUGGAGCUGCCCAUGUUUACGGGCUCACCGUACCCAAUGGGGAAAGAGUACCACUACCCGAAGGCCGGUGAGGAGAACCCAGUCAUCACUCUGUAUGUUGUGAACCUUAACGGCCCUCUUCACACCAUCGAGAUGAGGAGACCCGACGAUCCCAGGAUGGGUGAGUAUUACGUGACCAUGGUGAAAUGGGCCACCACCACCAAACUGGCCAUCAACUGGCUGAACAGAGCCCAGAACAUCUCUAUACUCACACUGUGUGAGGCCACAACGGGGGUCUGCACAAAGAAACAUGAGGAUGAAAGUGAAGGAUGGCUGCACAGACAGAAUGAGAAGCCUCUGUUUUCCAAAGAUGGGCUGAAGCUGUUCUUCACCCGUGCCAUUCCACAAGGAGGCAGGGGCAAGUUCUUCCACAUCUCCAUGUCCAUCUCCCAACCCAACACCAGUACUGACACACUGCAGUCCAUCACAUCUGGAGACUGGGAUGUCACCCAAGUCCUGGCCUACAAUGAGGACAGCCAAUUGAUAUACUUUUUGAGCACUGAGGACGGUCCAAAGCGAAGACAUUUGUACAGCGCGGACACCUUUGGUUCCUUCAACCGCCGCUGUCUGUCCUGCGCGUUGUCCGACAGCUGUGACUACAUCAGCGGCUCCUUCAGUCACAACAUGAGCUAUUUCCUGCUCAACUGCCAAGGACGGGACAUCCCAUUCGUAGCCGUCUACAAGACACAGAGAGACGUGGAGAGUGAGACGCAAGACAGGGAGAGCAUCGCAGAAGUGCAUAAACUGGAGAGCAAUGAGAACCUGAGGCUGAUCCUGGACUCCAUGCAGAUGCCCACCGUGGAGUACAAGGAGAUCAACAAGGAUGACUACACCUUGUCAAUGCAGAUCCUCAAACCCGCCGGCUUCGUGGACACAGCACACUACCCGCUGCUCCUGCUCGUCGAUGGGACACCUGGUGGUCAGAUGGUGGCAGAGCAGUUCCACAUGGACUGGGCCACAGUGCUGGUGAGCAGCUUCGGCGCUAUCGUGGUGCGCUGUGACGGACGAGGCAGCGGCUUCCAGGGUACCAACCUGCUGCACCGGAUCCAGAAGAAACUGGGGGUGUACGAGGAAGAGGAUCAGAGGGAAGCACUCAAUUUUAUUUUGAAAGAGUCCUACGUUGACAAAACCAGAGUUGGAGCUUUUGGGAAGGUGUAUGGAGGCUAUGUGACCAGCCUGUUGGUCAGUGGCGUGGAAUCCUCUGUGAAGUGUGGCGCUGUUCUCUCACCCAUCACCGACUUUGAACUAUACGCAUCUGCGUUUUCAGAAAGAUACCUUGGGCUGCCUAAACCUGAUCCAAGGGCAUACACGAUGGCAAAUUUAGCACACAGAGCAUCUCAGUUCAUGGAUAAGAAGUUCCUUAUUAUUCAUCCAACAGCUGAUGAAAAGGUCCAUUUCCAACAUACAGCGAAAUUCAUCGCCCAGCUCAUCAAUGAGAAGGCCAACUAUACCUUACAGAUCUACCCAGAUGAAGGUCACUUCAUUCACAGUGAAGCAACCAGGCAACACCUCAGCCAGUCCCUGGUGAACUUCUUCGAGGAAUGCUUCAGGCUACCAGAACGAGUGUUUGAGGAGGCCCUGGAGGAGGAGAGCGAAGAAGAGGGUUAGCUUGGCCCCCUGAGGCUUGUGUGCCCUACAUCCUUCCCACCCAUACGUUCGCCUUCCUAACCUCCAUCCUGUCCCGUGCCCAAGCACAACACUGACAUACAGUUGUACAAAAUGUGCAACUCUCGUCUGUUCUUGCUCAAUUUGCAUUUGGACUCCCCGUGUCGGCAUGCUGAACCUGAGACUGGCUUUGCAGCAGACGACGGAUCUAGUCCUACAUCCAUCUUUCACACCUUCUGCCCAGAGUUCAAAUCCAACAGCCCUCCAGAGAGCCAACAAAGACUGGUGACCUGACGUGAUGUUGUGGAGUAUUCUGAUUGAUUUAACAGGGAGCAGUCUCCUUCACAGCCAGAUGGACCAGCUCCUUAAAAAGCAGAGACAAAGCAUCAGCUUUCACACAAACUUCCAAGCUGUGAGGAGAAGGAACACCUUAUAACACAUAACUCAUGGGCUUGUAUAUCAAUGAAAAUCAGACGCCUGGUGAAGAACACUGGUCGACAGUGUUCGCGAUGGUUGUCUGAAAUUGUGCCGAUACAGGAAAUGUUACUAUUUUUAAAGUUGUGAAGAACCUUCAUGUUGGACUGUGGUUGUGUCUAUUGUUCUUACAGUAUGUAAAAUAGCACACAAACAUUCACUCGGCAAUUAUGGACAUAUUUUCUUUUGGUAUUCAUGUUUUUUCCCGAUGUUCAUCUCGUAGCCUACAUUUCUGUAUAUCAGCGAUGCUCACAGAAUUCACUUACUUAGACUAAAUGCGCCAUGGGUUCCUUAAUGAUCAUUCGAGACAGUUUUAUUGUGACGUUCCAGUUUUAUCAAAUGUUUGUCAAAGAACAAAAGCAUUAACUUGUUUUAGUCACUGUGCCUUACUUUGUCAGAAAAAAUCCUGCAGCUGCUAACAAACGAGGCCAAUUUUGUAGGAAUUGUUUGAUUUUGGGAAAUAAACUUAAUAGCUUAGCUUCUUAUUGAGAAAUUUGGUUCCACUCUCAUAUUGGGUCAUUAAAUAUGAAGCUAGCUUAGCCUAGCAUAAAGACUGGAAGCAAGGGGAAACAGCUAGCCUGGCUCUGUCCACUAGCCAGGGUAGUUGCUUCCCCCGCUACUAGUUUUUAUGUUCAAUGUUUUUAUCAAAGCCGAAGCAAGAAAGCAAAUAAGCAUAAUUCCCAAAAUAGCAGCUGUUAUAAAUAUAUAGCUUGAAAAAGAUUAUUAUUUUGAAAAAAGUAGCUUUGCUACUUUCAACAGCUAAUACUUGAUUGGGAAGCUGUAGGGAGUUUGAGGUUUCAUAGAACAAUAUCCUGGAAAUAUGCCCAACGAUGACUACGCUAAAAUGUACAGAAUCUGCAUGCAUCAUGUUUAAGGUGAAGAAAGUAGGUGAAGAAAACGCUGUGUCAUUUAAAUCAGCAAAUACAUUAUUCAAAGUUGAAGGCAAGAAGCUAUUAGGAUUAGUGUUACACCCUGCAAAAUUAUGCACUUGUAUAUAAGGGGGAAACAUUUUUAAAUGAAGUAAUGCAAACAUGGCAUACGAAAUAAUGAAUUCUUGAGGCACAUGUGUCAUUUUAUUUUUUAUUAUUUGAAUGACCAUUUGUAUUACGUUUCAGUGCAUGUUAAGAGGUUAUUUGCAGCACUAUCCCUGAUAGCUCAGCUCCACGUGGUCAUUUUGACAUCUUGAAUGUUCCUUACUGGAUUGCAUAAAUUACAUUUCCAGUAGUAUUGUGAUUGAGAUCCCAGUCUCGUCAGCUUGAUGUGUAAAUGUUAUUCAGAUAUCAUUUUAUUCUAAAUAGAAAAAAGAAACAAUAUGUGUCGAGUGUUAUUUGUGCAUAAAGCAUUUUGGAAGUUA